CACAGGCACACAAUCCUGUUUUUCCGUUUGGGUUUUUCCUUGGCAGUUCUUUCCUUUCAGCGAUUUUCCCCCUCAAAUCUCUCUCUUCGUCAGAGAUUUUCUUCUUUGUAAUUCGAUUGAGAAAUCGACAGAAUUAUUGCUUGUUUUGACGUGAGGAAGCUCCCUGAUAUGGAUUCCAGGCUUGAAUCCUGAAAUGGAGGGAUUUCUGUAUUUGCAUUUCUUUCUAAUGUGUCAUCGAAUUCAUGACGAUGCUAGGGUACCAUGCGGAUCCAUGACUGCCAAUUCUAUUCACGGAGUCUGAUCCAUAUGUUUCCAAACUUUAUCUUGAAAUCUCUGCUCAUAAAUUGGGAUGGUAUUGAGUGGUCUUUUCUGCACUAGAACAUCUCAACGGCUGUUUAGAGAUUGUACUGAUAACUGAUCAAUAAGCUUCUUUCAAAGUCAACUUUUUUCCGGUACUUCUUGCUCAGAACGAAGUUCUCAGGGCACUGACUAUACACUAUGCCGGCUAUACAGAAGCUUUAUGAAGCUUGUAAAGUAUCCUUCUCUCCGAAUGGGCCAAUUUCAGAAGAAGCUCUUGAAAAAGUUCGUGCUAUGUUAGAUAAGAUGAGGCCUUCUGAUGUAGGUCUUGAACAGGAGGCACAGUUGGUACGUGGAUGGAAAGGUUCUCCGCACGGGAUUAAUGGAAAGAAAGGACGUAAUGGGAGCAGCCAGCAGUACCUGCCUCCAAUAAGAUAUCUGCAUUUGCAUGAGUGCAGUAGCUUCUCUAUAGGAAUAUUCUGCAUGCCACCGUCAUCUAUCAUACCCCUUCACAAUCAUCCUGGGAUGACUGUUUUGAGCAAGCUUCUAUAUGGUUCAUUACAUGUGAAAUCGUAUGAUUGGCUUGAUUUAUCUGGGCCUGCUGAUCCAUCACAAGCGAGGCCUGCAAAGCUCGUUCGGGAUUGUGAGAUGACUGCUCCAUGUGGGACAACAAUCCUUUACCCAACAACUGGUGGCAACAUCCAUUCUUUCAAAGCUUUAACGCCCUGUGCUCUUUUUGACAUUCUGUCACCCCCUUAUGCUUCUGAAGAUGGACGGCAUUGUUCCUAUUUCCGGAAGUCCCCAAGAAAGGAUCUACCUGGUUUCGAUGAGUCAAGUGGAAUAAACGCCUCCGAAGUGACUUGGUUGGAAGAAUUUCAACCCCCUGACAACUUUGUUGUUCGGAGGGGGGUGUACAAGGGCCCUAUUAUCAGAACUUGAGGGAUUUUUGGGUUGGGUGUAGCAUACAAGUAAAAAGAUUGGCUCUGAUUAUUAGGAAACAAUAUGGGCUGUUGAUAAGUGGUAAUAAUUACUAUAAUUGGAAAUAUAAGUUGCUCAUUCGGUUUGUACAUAUAUGUUUGCGGGUAAAAUCCAUCCAUUUAAUGAUUACACCUUUAGUUUGAGGAACGGUGACAGCAUCUCCUGCUCUUUAGUUAAUGGAACAAUGAGUUCUUCGAUAAACGCUGCCUGGGGGAUGAAUUGCUGGUUCUUCCUUCUAAAUAGUAAUUCUUGUUUCAAUCUCUUA